GUGUGCUACACUCGACCACGGCAAUGGAGGCACUAAUCGCGUCGUACGGCGACACUUCUUCCGACUCAGAAUCAGAUUCUCAACCGCCGCUUGCCGCUUCCGAUGACAACCACUCACCACCGCCAUCCAUUCUUCCUCCACCGCCUAUCGACCUUCUUAACCCUCCCAAUUCAUCCGGAACGUUCGAUUACUUGCAGCGUAAUUCGGCCAGUAGAAUUCGGAGCUUCCCUCACAUCGAAGGCAAUUACGCAUUACAUGUUUACAUCCCAGUAUUUAUACCAUCUGAAAGAAAGAAAGAGCUGGCCCUGUUUUUGAAGAAAGCGACUUCAGUUAUACCAGAUCUUCAUGUUGUGGAUAUUGAUGUUCCAUUAUCCAUGCUUCUAAAAGAUGAAGAGAAGCUAAUACAAGUUGCCUUAGGGAGGGAAUUUCACAUAAGUCUUGGAAGAACUGUUCCCAUUCGUGUCCAUCAAAUAGACUCGAUGGUCGCAAUGCUUCGCCAAAAACUUCAGUUUCAGAAACGGUAUUUGAUUGAUUUCAACAAGUGGGAGGUUUUUGUGAACGAUGAUCAGACACGGACAUUUCUUUCGGUUGAAAAUACAACGCGAGGUGUAGCUGAGGUAACGAAACAGAUCCAAGCUGUUAAUGAGGUUUACAAGCUGCACAAUCUUCCUGAAUUUUACAAGGAUCCUCGGCCUCAUAUAUCUAUAGCAUGGGGAGUAGGGGAUAUUAGUGAAUCUGUUAAGAGAGUGGUGGAAGGAGAAAUGAGAAAAUAUGUUGGAGGAAUGUCCACAAGAUGGGAAAGUAGAAAGUCCAUUGGAUAG